CCAACUUUUUCGUCCCCUCCACCGUUGAACAACACAGGCAAUCGAUUUCAAGAUGUCUGCUCAAGAGCUUGAACCGGCUCAUGAUGAGAAAAACAACUACGACGAAAAGGCUUUGACUGCCACCAAUGCCAAUGUUGUGGCAGGUGGCGAGAUCGAUGUCCUCUCCGAAGCAGAGGAAGUCGAUGUCAAGCAGUGAGUCACGAGACGGGGACAAGUAAGGGGGCCACGAUGACUGACAAGGUUCCAAGGGAGCUCGAAAUCUUCGACUAUGAAAUCGCAGAUCUCGAGGAGAAGCUUUCGUCCAUGACUAUGGAACAUGCUCACGCUAUCGCCCUGGAGCUGUACAAGAUGCACAAGCACGAUCAGCUUUUCCCUCAGGAUGCUCUCGACAAGCUCGAGGAUUUCUGCAACAGCUACGAUGAAAUCGCCGCCAACCCUCGACAGAAUGCUCGACUUAUCAGGGAGAUCAAGAUCGAGUGUCUCCUCUCGACAGAGAACUCGCCAUAUCUAGAAGUGCGAGCCAACGUCGAACCGACCGACGACCCUACCCUUCCAGCCCUCACUUUCCGAGUGAUGGUGAUUGGAACUAUCUUUGCCGUCGCCGGUUCGUUCAUCGACACCUUGUUCGCUUUCCGAAACCCCCCAAUUUACGUAGGAACCAGUGUCGGUCAAUUGCUCGCCUACCCCAUGGGCAAGUUCCUCGCUCGAGUCCUCCCCCGAGGCGAGUUCUCUGCCUUUGGACGAAAGUGGGGCUUCAACCCCGGUCCUUUCAACCGAAAAGAACACAUGCUUAUCACCAUCAUGUGCAAUGUGUCCAUGACCUCACCCUACACUGUCGAUAUCGUUCCAGUCCAAUACUUGCCUCAAUUCUUCGACCAGUCAUUCGCCUACUCGCGAGGCUACCAGUACUUGAACACCCUCGGAACCAAUAUGGUCGGAUAUGGAUUUGCCGGUCUGACCCGUCGAUUCUUGGUCUGGCCUGCGUUCGCUGUCUGGCCCGGUACUAUGAACAACUUGGCGCUUAUUCGAGCUUUCCACACUGAGACCAACGAGCCUGUUCGAGGACCGUUUGGCCGAAUGUACACCUGGUCUCGAGAGAAGUUCUUCCUCAUCGCCGCACUCGCCAUGGCCGUCUAUUUCUGGUUCCCCGGUUACAUUUGGCAAUCCUUGUCUUACUUCUCUUGGAUCACUUGGAUCGCGCCCAAGAACGUCAACCUCGACGCUGUUUGUGGAUUUGCAGGUGGAAUGGGUUUCAACCCAUGGCCUUCAUGGGACUGGAACAUUGCUCAGACUUGGUUGACUCCGUUGACCAUCCCAAUGUUCACUGCCGGAAACAUUGCCAUUUCCACCAUCAUUGCCAACCUUAUGGUCCUCGGAUUCUGGUACGGCAACGCUUGGGACACUGGAUAUUUGCAGAUCAAUCAGCCCGACACAUUCGACAACACUGGAGGACUGUACAACGUCACUAGAAUUCUGCGUGAUGCCAAACUUGACCCCGCCGCCAUGGAGGAGUAUUCUCAACCCUACAUGUCUGCCGGUACUAUCGGUGCCUACAUCGGUUACUUUAUCAUGUACGCUGCCACUGUUGUCUACGUUCCCCUUUUCCACCGACAUCAAGUCGCUCGUGCCUUCAAGGGAUUCUGGAAGGCAGUCAGAUCCUCCUUCCGACGUGGCGCCUCUGAUGAGGAUGACGCUCUGGAUGAGGAUGUGCACGCCCGAUUGAUGAAGAAGUACCGUGAUGUUCCUGAAUGGGUCUACAUGUGUGUCCUCUUGAUCUUUGCCGCUAUCGGUAUGGUUGGUGUCGGUAUCUACCCGGACAACACCUCUCCCGUCGUCAUGGUGUUCGGAAUCAUUAUGUGUUUGAUCACCAUUCUGCCAGUCGGUCUUGUCCAAUGCGUGACCGGAUUGCCCGUCCCAACCAACGUCAUCUCCGAAUUCAUCGGUGGUGCUCUCGUAUCUGGAAACGCCAACUCGCUCAUGUACUUCAAGACUUACGGAUACAUCUCAUGUUACCAGGCUUUGUCAUUCUCCAAUGACUUGAAGCUUGCCCACUACUCCAAGAUUCCCCCUUGGCACACCUUCAUUGCUCAGAUGUGGGCAACCUUCCUCUACUGUAUCGUUUCGGCCUCCAUCUUCAACUUUGCCAUGAGCUUCAAGGGUAUUUGCACCCGAGAUGCCGACUUCAACUUCACUUGCCCUGGACAAGAACAAUACUUCACUGCCUCCGUCUUCUGGGGUACCCUCGGACCCCACAACUUGUUUGGAAAGGGCAAGAGAUACAACAUGAUGUUGCUUGGAUUCCCAGUCGGUGUCGCCUUGGUUUUGGUCUACUGGGCUCUUCGAAAGAAGUUUCCCCGAUGGGCUUCUCUCCGACAGAUCCACCCUAUCAUGUUGACUCAAGGUCCCGUCUACUUCCUUGCACCUUACAACGUGUCAUACAUGCUUCCCUUCUUCUACGUCACCUACGCAUCGUUCAAGCUCAUCCGACCUCGAUACACUCAGUUCUGGGCCAAGUACAAUUAUGUCCUUGCCGCCGCUUUCCCAACUGGUAUCGCCUUCACUGGUGUGAUCAUCUUCUUUGCCCUUGAAGUUCCCAAGGGAGGAAUCUCGCUCAACUGGUGGGGUAACCUUGUGGAAUUCAACAACCCUGUGUCGUGUGAAUCGGCUGGUGGAUGCCCACGAUUGGACAUCCCUGCUGACCCCGGAUACUUUGGACCUCCUCUUGGCACGUUCAGUGUCUCUGCUUAGAUUCUCUGUAGUCUUAGUGCAUCGUACCGGAGACCAAUUCAAACUGUUUUAUAGUUGGGUGGCGAAUGCAACCGUCGUCUUCCAUAAU